AUGACAGACGAGGAACCUUCGCUGAACAUACCGUCGCUUCUCACUCUAGCGGUUGUAUCGUACUUUGUGCUCCGAUGGUUCUUUCACCGCGAUGAAAGCUCCGCAGGAGGAAGCCGAGGCCGGGGGCGUGGCAAUGUCGUCGAUCCGGCGCAGGUGGAACAGAUCGCGCAGAUGUUCCCUCAACUGAGCACUCGGGAUAUAAUGUGGGAUUUGCAGCGUAAUGGGGGAAGUGUUGCCGCAACGACAGAGAGGGUUCUGACUGGACGGGGCCUGGAGACGCCUCCUCCUUCGUUCCAACCCCAGGUCUCAAUUCCCCCCACCAACAUCCCACCAAGGCAGACCGCCACGACCGCAUCCGUACCCAAAGCGGACACGCAGGACUUGAUAUCUCGGUAUAAUCUGACUGAAAAGGCCAAAAGCCCUGCUGCGGAGUCACAACCUGAUAUACCUUCCAAGUCCUCCUGGUCUCAGAACAAGGAAGAGCGCCAGCGGAUACUGCAAAAGCGUCGGGAUGAUAUGAUCUUGGCCGCGCGGAGGAAGAUGAUGCAAAAGAAUCAAAGUGUUGCCCAAUGA